AUGAACCUUAAUCUCCCAAUCAGAACGGCGAGUAAAAGGAACGAUGAGAGUCGGAAGCAUUUUACCAAUUAUACGCCUACAUCUUCGACGGAGGCUAUCUCAGGACCAGUGAGGGAACCUGCGCCAUUGAAUGAUCGGCUGAUUGUUGGUUUGGAUUUCGGGACUACUUACUCUGGUGUCGCUGCAGUAUACACAUCCACCCCAGACGAUGUCGAAAUUAUCAAAACCUGGCCUGGAGGCAAUGGUAUAACCUCAGAUAAAGUGCCUACAGAAAUCUCUUAUGAAUACCCACUGAAUGCUCCUGAAGGCACGGAGCCGAAGAUAAAAUGGGGGUUUCAAUUUCGACCCGAAGAAUCACGUCUGCGUUGCAUAAAGCUAUUCUUAGAUCGUUCUCAAAAGCUUCCUUUCUACGUCUCGCCUCUGGAAACCGCUGCGCAACUGAAGAAGUUCAACAAAAACGUGGUGGAUGCUGUCAGUGACUAUCUGACACAAGUUUACGAACACACUAUGGAAACACUUACCAGGCGCUAUGGAGAAUCGUUCAUGUCCUCGACCAAAGUAGAAUUUGUCCUCACCUGCCCAGCUGUCUGGUCCGAUGCUGCCAAAAACACUACUCUCCAAGCGGCAGAACGAGCAGGUAUGGGUGCAAAAGCCGACAUUCAAAUGAUCUCCGAACCAGAAGCAGCAGCAGUCUACACCUUGAAAGCAAUCCAGCCCAACCAUCUAUCGGCCGGAGAUAAUUUCGUUGUCUGUGAUGCAGGAGGUGGGACCGUAGAUUUAAUCGCAUACAAAAUCCUCUCUCUCAAACCCUUACGCGUGGAAGAGUCUGCGGUCGGUACUGGUGGACUUUGCGGAAGUGCAUUCCUGAACUACAGAUUCGAAGAACAUGUCCGAGAUCGAAUCGGCAAAGAACGGUUCGACGAGAUGAAACUUAAGAAAGCAAAAUGCUGGCAAAUGGGUCUCCGAUACUGGGAAGAAUUCGUCAAGCGAAACUUCAACGAGGAAGAACAUGCUGAAGUCAAUGUUCCCUUCCCCGGUCUUCCAGAUGACGAAGAAGCAGGACUUGAUUGCGGAUUCCUUGUCAUGACUGCCAAGCAGAUUAAGGAUAUCUUUGAGCCCGUCGUAAAGGAAGUUUGCGAUUUAGUUCAAGGCCAAGUCGAUGGCAUCCGCCAAAAAGGAGGAAUCGUCUCGGGAAUUGUUCUCGUGGGAGGAUUUGGCCAGAGUAAUUACCUAUACACACGACUGAAAUCCCAUUUCAACACUGCUGCCCCGCCUCCUUAUUCCGAACGGCCUACACACGCGCAAGCUACGGCGCUGAUGCAAAACGGUAGCGUGGAGGUGAUGCAACCUGUCAACGCUUGGACAGCGGUAGUUCGCGGUGCAGUGUUGAGGGGUUUGGAGGGUAGUAUGGUAGUAAGUCGCAAGUCAAGGAUGCAUUAUGGAACUAGUUACGCGACUGUCUAUGAUGAGGAUAAACAUAAUGUUAGCGAGCGGUAUUGGAGUCCGCUGUGGGAGAGGUGGAUGGUUAGUGAUCGGAUGCAGUGGCAUAUUGCUAAAGGUGAAGCUCUAAGCGCAGCAACACCUAUAUCUUUCCACUACACUCGAAAUUUUAGACCCGGUCAAUCCCUCCUAGUAUCCGACGACCUAAUCGCCUCAGACGCGGACGGCGAUCCGCCCAACGCUUACUCUAGGGAUCUAGUUAAUGUUUGCACUUUAACCACGGAUCUCGGCGCCGUCCCCAAAUCCCUCUUCACCCGCUUAACCACCACCCGCGGUGUCGAAUUCGAUAACCUGGAUUUCACCCUCGAGAUGGUGGUGGAGAGCGCUGGGUUGGCGUUUGAACUUAAGGUGGAUGGUUUUCGGUAUGGGAGGGUGGAGGCGGAUUUUCAUUGA